AUGCGUUUUUCAAGUGUCUUAACUAGUAGUGCCCUUUUAGGUUCAGCUAUUGCUGCUCCAGCUUUACACCAUGGACAUCAAAAUAAGAGAGAUGUCGUUGUUACUACUACUGUCCAACGUCAAAUUACUGUUGUGGUAAAUGGUCCUGCUCCAACCACCGAUAAUACCGCUGCUCCAGCUAAUGCAAAUACAAUUUUGAAUAACGAAACAGCUACAAUUUCUACCCCUGCUGUUGCUGCCUCCGCUGUUGCUUCCUCUGCUGUUGCCCCUGCAGCUGCUGAAACUUCUUCCACUAUUGAAAACCAAACUACUACUCUAGUUAACAGUGAAAGUACCAUUGCAUCCUCAACUACUUCCGUUGAUACAUCUAAUACUGCAGCAACUGCCGGUGCUAAAGGUAUUACCUAUUCUCCAUACAAUGCCGACGGAUCAUGUAAGAGCACCUCUGAAGUUGCCUCUGAUUUAGCUGUGUUGGCUGAUUUCGAUAUUAUUAGAUUAUACGGUGUUGAUUGUAAUCAAGUUGCUAAUGUGUUACAAGCAAAGACUCCAUCUCAAAAACUUUUCUUAGGUAUUUUUUAUGUUGAUGCUAUUGAAGCCGGUGUUCAAACCAUAAAGGCUGCUAUUGACCAAUACGGUUCAUGGAACGACGUUUACACCGUCUCUAUCGGUAAUGAAUUAGUCAACGAUGGUAAAGCUACACCUGCUCAAAUUAGUCAAUAUGUGUCCACUGGUAGAUCUGCUUUAAAGGCAGCUGGUUACACUGGUCCGGUUGUCUCUGUUGAUACCUUCAUUGCUGUUAUUAACAACCCAGAAUUGUGUAACUAUUCUGAUUACAUGGGAGUUAAUGCUCACGCUUACUUUGACAAACACACAGUCGCUGCUAAUGCUGGUCCAUGGCUUCUUGAACAAAUUCAAAGAGUCUGGACUGCCUGUGAUGGUAAGAAGAAUGUUAUGAUUACUGAAUCUGGUUGGCCAAGUAAAGGUGAUACUUAUGGUGUUGCUGUCCCCUCUAAGGCCAAUCAAAAAGCUGCAAUUGCUUCUAUUGAGAAAACUUGUGGAAGUGACACUAUUCUAUUCACUGCUUUCAAUGACUACUGGAAACCUGAUGGUCCAUAUGGUGUUGAAAAAUACUGGGGUAUUUUCUCAGAUUAA